AUGGAGGAAGACGACAUGGAGGAAGAUGGCAUGGAGCAAAACGGCAUCGAACAGGACUGCAUUGAGGAAAACGGCAUAAGUCGGCAUAAACGGUCAGCUUCAAAGUCCAGGGAGAUCAUAGCAGGGUGCACAGCAAAAUCGAUGCGAAGAGGAGCCACCAAGAGGCCCACCGUAGACGACAUGACGAUCUUUAAAUGGCUGGAUCAGAUCCAGACUCCAGGAGGGAAAGAAGUUCGCGGAAAGGAAAAAUCAGACAACCUGACACAAGAAAUUCCGCCGACGGAAGCCGAGAGUAAUGAAGAGAUGAAAAUGAGUCAAGAGACAACGAGAAACGAAUCCGACAAUUUAACGCAGAGACUGAAGCGCAAGAGGCUUGAUAUGACUCCCGAUGAAAUCGAAUACGAUACAGAAAUAGAGAAAGGAAACUUCAAGAGAACUCUGGAUGCAAUAAUAAAACAGGUGAGGAAUCUAGAAUCGCUGUUGAUAGACACUUAUAAACCCAAGAAGGAACUCACAGAAAUAAGCUCCAAGCUGACCCACUACGCAAACCAAAUUCAGAGGAAAGGACAAAGAAAAUGGUUGGAAAGUGUUACACGGGAAACAAAGACUAUAGAAACUCAAGUGGCCGAGGAAGACAUCCAACAGGAGUGGGAAACAAGAAGUUCUCAAAAAAUGGAGGAGAUACGAAGAACUCUUGACGCUGACAAGGAGUUCGCAAGUUUAGCAAAAAUUUUGGAUGACGAAUGGCCAGAGGAAUGCUAUAAGGUAGUACACCCGCAACAAAAGAAACUACUCCAGUUAGAAUGGCAGGAAGACUUGGUCUUAUUUAUGGAUCCCACGAAACACGACGAGGUGUACGAGGAGCUCAUAGCUCGAUAUCCGAGUAUAGCCCCGUUGGUCGAGGAAGGGCUCACGGAAGGGAUCAUGGAUUUUGUCAAGUUACAAACGAAUUUCACUCAGUCGAUAUUCAUCAUGCCAAUGAAAAUCGACAACAGUGGUGUGGACGAUGCAGAAUUGAUCUACAAAUUGAGUACCCAGCUGAAGGAGGAAAUUGGUGAAAACGACAGAAAAUGCCUUAGGAUAGGCACACUGGGAAAAACCAAUCUCGACUACAUCCGAAAAUGUAUGGAAUAUACUUUGCAAAGCACGAAUAUCAAGGCUACACUAUGUGUCGAAGGAAAGGAUGAAACAAAGAGGAAAUAUGAUGAGAUACAUGGAAAUAAAAGGGGGAGACAUCCUGGGAGAGAUAAAAUUAUCAUCAAGGCACCGGAAGGGAAAAGUUACGCCGACCUCCUCAAAUCGGUGAAAGACUCAGCGGGUAGGGCUGACAAAAGUCCACAAUCCCGCCCCAUCGACGAGAUGGGCUGCCCCACGGAUUCUGGGGGGGGCAUACAAACGGCAGUAGAGGGCGAUCCGGCGCGGAACCAGGCUGGUACACCCAAGAAUAUUACUGGUUUCGAAGAGACAGUAUUCUACCCAUUCACGAGGAAAGAUACGUUGUUGAGGACUCCUCCAAAAAUGAGGACAACCUCUUUGCCUGAUCUGGGGCAAACUAGUAAGCGCAAAAGAAUCGACGACGUUAAAUCUCCAGCGAAACAACACGAAAAGCAAAGUAUCACAAAGCAUGUAUUCUAUCUACCAUUGACUGCUAAGUUCAGUUCUCUGCUGAAGAAUGUUAUGGCACAGGUAGAUCAAAAUGAGUCCUCAAAUAAUGAUAUACAUGUUGAUGCCGAGGAAGUUCGUCGCACGACUCGAUCUAGUUUUGCUGCUGUUACCCUCAUGGCUGAAUCAUGCUUCAUUUGUGGAGAGCCAGAAAAUGAACAGCAAUCACUCCAUCGCUGUGAGACUCAUCAUUUAGAUGAAAAUAUUAUGAAGUAUGCGAAAGGUACAGGAAAUACAGAACUGAUAGCUCUACUGGAAACCAGAGGAGAUUUAGUCGCUCAGGAGGGAAAGUAUCACAAAAUUUGUCUGACUCGUCUCUACAGUAAAUACUGCCGAGCUAAGUGUACAAGUCCCUCAGAAGAAGAGACACUUCUAUGUGAGGGUCUCGCAUUCUCUGAACUUUUGGUUUUUAUAGAAGGAAAACUUUCGAGGCAUGAGUACACAUAUGUUUUCAAAAUGGGAGAUUUAAAAAACAUGUAUGAUUCGAGAAUUGCACAACUGAAUGGAGUAUCUAGGGACGAUAUUUCAGGAGAACAUACGACACGCCUCAGAGAGAGAAUACUAGCUCACAUGCCCUUCUUGAAAGAAGAGAAGUGGGGAAGGGAAUAUGUUCUCAUGAUGGAAGGGACAAAUCUGAUGCACAACUUCUCAAAAGAAGAUCAAGACGAUGAUGCAAUUGGAUUUCAGAGGUUUGCAAAAAAUCUCAGGAGAGUUAUGUCUCAGUGCAAGUCGGAAUUUGAUGGAAGCUUUGCACGAAAUUGUGGGGAGAAAAGUGUUCCAGGACCACUUCUGGCCGCUGUCAGUACUUUGUUGUACGGUUCUGGGGUCAGAGCUGAGUGUGGGGCGACCGCCCCUGCUCUCACGAUUUCACAGCUAAUUUUAGCGAAUUUUCAUGAAAGCAUGCCACGAGGUGAAAUUGUUAGACAGAAAAGAGACAGAGAACCUCCAUUGACGCUGUACAUGGCACUAUCUUGCUACGGUAGAAACAGAGAUCGAACCUCGAUCGACCAGAUGCACCGAAAAGGAAUUAGUGCCUCGUCGAACAGAGUGAUGGAAGUGACAGCGCAGUUGUGUAGAAUGGUGGUACAAAGAUCAAGGGAAGAUAAUGUUGUUUGUCCUUCUAUUCUGAGGAAAGGCCUGUUUACAAUUGCGGCAUUAGACAACAUAGAUUUCAAAUCUACGAGCAAUACAAGUGCAGGCGACUUUCAUGGCACUGGUAUCUCCAUUUUUCAAUGUCGUCGUCGGGGAGAAUCUCAAGGAGAAAUCAGGACAUUCGCUACAUCCUACAAGGAUGUUAGUAAAAAAGGAGACCGUGGAGUGCCAGAGUUACCAGAUUUCUAUGCUGAGAUUCCCGAUUGCACUCUCCCGCAGAACAACCCCCCUGCUCUUGGAUGCAGUUUUGAGAUAGGUUCUCGUUUGUAUCCUUUAGGUGAUUUUUCAAGACAGUGGGUACAAGAGGCAGAAUGGUUGACACAUCUUCGGGAACAAAGUGGCAAUUUGCACGAGGCCAUCACUGUUGCCUGGUCGGCUUAUCAUGGAAGUCGUUCAUCUGAUCGAUCGCUGUUGAAAGCUAUCAAUGUCCUCCUACCCCUAUUUUUCGAAAAAUCCACAUCAAUUCCAAUGCUGAGGCAUGGAAUGAACAUUGUGAGGAAUAUAACGAAGUAUCUGAAUGGAGAUCAAAUACCUGUAAUCUGCGUGGACCAGCUUCUCUAUGCCCUCAUGAAAAAAAUUCAGUGGAGUUGGCCUCAGGAAUAUGGUGAAGAUAAGUUUAUAGUGCUCCUAGGCCCCUUACACAUUGAACAGUGGUUUCUUCGAAUAUUGGGUCAAUUUAUGGAGGGCUCUGGUUGGACAACAACUAUAGUUUCACAUGCCGGAAUAACCACUGCUGGAUCAGCAGAAGCUAUGAUGAAGGUAACUCACAUUAAACGGGCAAGGGAAGUUCAUCAGAUCACUGCAGCAGUUCUCCACAGUUUGCUCAUGGAUAUAUAUGAAAAUGAAAACCCCGAAUGUGAACUACAGGUGGAAGAGUGGAUAAAGACGAAAUCUCAGAAAUGUCCAACAUUUUACUUCUGGCUCACUGUCUUGAACCUUGAAAUUCUCCUCCUAUGUUUUGUGCGAUCGUUGAGGCGGGGUGACUUUGAUUUAUUUAGAGAAACUCUGAAACAAAUGGCUCCGUGGUAUUUUCUUUUUGACCAUCAAAACUACGCUCGGUAUCUCACUGUUCACAUCCAGGACUUGGAAGAGCUACCCAGCAAAGCCCCUGAUAUUCAUAAAGAAUUUUUAUUGAAAAAGUUCGUGUUGCCCAUAACUGAAAACCCUGAUUCUUAUCUUGCUAUCGAUCAUGCCCAUGAGCAAAAUAAUGCCAAAGUGAAAGGGAAUGGUGGUGCGGUCGGUCUCACUAGUGACCCAUCUGCAUUGAGACGUUGGACCAUCGGAGGACCAGAGAUCUGCCGACUUCUGAAUGAAUUCAACCAUUCAGAAGAUGCUGACGAUGACGAAGUUCCAAUCUCGAGGACUCAUCAUGAACAGACAAAAUCUUAUCAAUCAAGAUUUGCCGAUCAUUUUGCAGCACUCAAGGACGCUUUCUUGACGUACGAGAAUCCCUUUUCUGUUCAGGGAACAGAACUUGUCGCCAUAGACUCCAGCGUUGUUGUAGGCACUGAUGCGGUUCAGACCUUGUACGAUGCUGUGGAAAAGAGCGAAUCCAUGUACAAGUCCUUUGUCGACGAGAGACUGGUCAAGAAGUCGAGAUCUCUUCAUGAUCCAAUUCGAAAGUGUAUGACUAAAAUAUUCACACAUCAGAAAAAAACAGCAACUUCUCCAAUGAAAGCUCUGAAAUCGGAUGUGCAACUGUACUCACGGCUCUUUAUUGUGUGCAUUUCACGAGAAUUGGACCUUGAUAUAUUUUUCCAGCAUGAGAAUCAACUGUAUCCGCCAUCUUUAUCGUUGAAUGGAUCUAUGCGGACUGGAAAUAAAUCUCAGCUCGUAGCAAUUCUUGAAAAUCUGCUCAAGAAGUUGCCUGAAGUAGACCCACCUCACAGAUGUGAAGGAUUGAUCAUAGAUGGAGCAGUCUUAGUUCACAAUAUCAAGCCUCGUCCUGAUGUGAAAACCUUCAAGAGCUACGUAGGCCAGCUGAUUUCAAAUAUAGGGUACACUCGAACACAGAUGGAAAUAUUCAGAGUGGAUAUAGCAUGGGAUCUGUACUCUUGCUCGAGUCUUAAAGAGGCCACUCGGUCAAGCAGGGGAACAGGAGUGAGGCGUAAGGAUCUACCAAACAAAGGUACUCUACCGACUAACUGGGAUGACUAUUUGAGAAACGAUCACAAUAAGCAAGAGUUGUUCUCAUUUCUUGCCAACGAGAUCUUGAAGGAACUCAAGGAUGUGGAAGUCGUAACUAAUGUCGAUGAUGUUAUACGCUCAUCUGAGGGUACACAGUCGUAUCUGCAGGGUGUUUCGUGCGCUGCGAUGGAAGAAGCAGAUGGAAGGUUGAUGCUUCAUGUGAAUGAUAUGGUGGAGAAUGGUAUCCGUUGUAUAGUUAUACGAAGCUCGGAUACAGACGUUUUGGUACUGGCAGUUUCUCAUUACCAUGCCCUCCACAGAAAGGGCUUGCGAGAAUUGUGGUUACACUUUGGAGCAGGCCUCAAACGAAGGUUCAUUAGUGUGCAUGGUAUCGCUGGUGUUCUUGGGGAGGACACUUCUAUCGCACUCAGAGAGUUCCACGCCUUCACUGUAUGUGACACGGUAUCCUUUUUCGGUUCGAGAGGGAAACAGUCAGCAUGGAAUGCUUUCUUGAAUUGCUCGAAACGCGAAGACAUUAUAUUAGCAUUCAAGAAGCUCUCACAUCCAAUGCUAGAAGAUACCAUAGACGAUGAUCUCAUCAAGACGUUGGAGAGAUUCACGGUAUACAUGUACGGGAUCCGUGACGAGACCUGCUCCGGUGUGAAUGAGGCUCGGAAGCACAUGUUUGCCACAGAAAACAAACAUAUUGGUGCAAUUCCGCCUUCCCUGGAAGCUUUCGUUCAACAUAUGAAGAGAGCUGCCUUCCAGAGUGGACAUAUCUGGGGAAGGGCCCUUGAAAAUUCAUUACCACCAUCCCCUGAAGGGUGGGGAUGGAAAAAAGAAGGAGAUACCUGGGUUCCGCUUUGGAGUGAGCUUCCCGAGAUCUGGUCGGCUUGCAGGGCUCUAGAUAAAUGUGGCUGCAAGUCUGGAUGCGACACAAAACGUUGUUCCUGCCGUAGGAACAUAUUACCGUGCUACCUGGGAUGCACAAGUUGCAAAGGGGAAUGUUCUAAUAAAAAGACCCAAACGCAACUCGAACCCCACUCACACCAAAAUGAAGAGGAGGAGGUUGAUGGAGGAGUAAAUUAG